GGAGUGGGUGGGGUCUUGGUGGCUGCUAGCAUCUCGCUGGCUUUCCUCCCUCCCUCCAUCUCUCCCUCCCCCGUUCUAUCCAUCUCUCUCUCUCUCUUUCUCUCUCUCUCUCUCCCCCACCUCCUCCUUUCGUCCGAGAGCGAUGAGGUAAUCCCUGCCAGCUCUCUGAAGCAUAGACAGUCAGAGUGAGAGGCAGAAAGAGAGAGCAGUAGCAGCCGUUUGCCGGCACUGUGCUCACACACUCUCGUACGUAUCCUAUGUGUGUGUGCAUGUAUGUGUGUGUGUGUGUGUGUGCGUGUGUGUGUGAGCGACGAGGGGCAUGACCCGGACCUUCUAGUGGACCCUAAGACGAAAAAGAGUGAUAGAAGGAGUCAGGAGGAGGAAAAGCGGAAGCAUGACAGAGAGAUGCAGUCUGUGGAGCGCCCUGUCUGCGGCCGCCUGCUGCUUCUACAGGGGAUCGUUCAUGCAGUUCUCCAAGGAGAAGUACCUGUUGGAGUCUCCCCCGGAGAAGCUGAGGAAGGAGCUGGAGGAGGAACUCAAACUCAGCAGCAGUGACCUGAGGAGCCACGGCUGGUACCAUGGCCGCAUCCCACGAGAGGUGUCGGAGACGCUGGUUCUGCGCAGCGGGGAUUUCCUGGUGCGAGACUCGCUGGCCAACGCGGGUGAUUACGUGAUCUCGUGCCGCUGGCAGCAGGAUGUGGUGCACUGCCGCAUCAGUAAGGUUCUGGUGAAGAGCGGACAGACGAAGGUGCAGUUCCUCCUGGAGGACGAGACCUUCGACUCGCUGCCCACUCUGAUCCGGCACCACGCUGGCACCGGCCGGCCCGUGUGCCCGCGCUCCGGCGCUCAGCUGCUGUGCCCCGUCAACCGCACAGUGCCCCUCAGGUACCUGGAGGCCACGUUUGCCCUGGCGAGCGGGAGAUCGGGGUCACAUUCACCGUCCGCUCAGCGGGGGGCGCACAUCAAGAGACGCAGCGUCACCAUGACGGAUGGCCUGACCACCGAGAAGAUCAUCCCCCACAGUCCAUCCACAAUUCACCAUAAAGACGCCAUGAGGAACUGUGCGCUCAGCAUGGACCAGAUCCAGGAGAUGCGCUGUCCCCUGUCCCCUGUAGGAGAAGCUCCUCUCUCACCUGCCUACACCUCCAUUUCCCGUCACAGACAUGGCUCGGGCGGACGUGUUUUGGCCGUCAUUCCACCUUCGCCGGUGAUGCGACGCUCCAGCGAGCCUCACCUCUCCCCUUCCUCCUCCAAUAACAACGUCGUGUGUUCGGACACGCCCCCCAGCGCUCACGGCUGCCCCUCAGACGGUUCGGAAGGAGGGGGCAGUUACUGCGAGUUGAGGCCGGGUCAACCCCCAACGCCUCCAUCCAAGAGCUACGUGGAGAGGCUGAGGGUGGAGGAGGGCCGAGCGCCAGGCUCCGCCCCCACCGAUGGAGGAGAGAGCUUCACCGUUCCUCUGGUGGAGAGCAGUUCGUGCUUGAGACCCGGGCAGUACCAGUCGGCCCUGCUUCCUGCAGAGAAUAAACCCCUGGAGAUGGGGGUCCUGAAGAGGGUGAAGGAACUGUUAGCUGAAGUCGACCCUAAAACAGCGGCCAAACACAUCACCAAGGCCGACUGCACGGUUGCUAGGAUACUGGGUGUUACCAAGGAGAUGCAAAGGAUGAUGGGAGUGGGUUCCGGGCUGGAGUUGCUGACUCUACCACAUGGCCAUCAGCUGAGACUGGACCUGCUCGAGAGGUUCUACACCAUGUCCAUAAUGAUGGCGGUGGACCUGCUGGGCUGUACGGGCAGUACGGAGGAACGAGCAGCUCUGCUCUAUAAGACCAUCCAGCUGGCAGCAGAGCUCAAGAGCACCAUGGGAAAUAUGUUCGGAUUCGCCGCCAUCAUGAGAGCCCUUGAACUCCCGCAGAUCUCACGCUUGGACCAGACGUGGAUGACGCUGAGACAGAGACAUACGGAGGGAGCCAUUUUGUAUGAGAAGAAGCUCAAACCCUUCAUGAAGGGCUUAAACGAAAGCAAAGAGAGCUCUGUGCUGUCCAGUACGUCUUUCCCACAUGUGGUGCCCGUGUUGUGUCUGUUGGAGAAGGGCGUGGCUGUGGGGGAGGGGCCAGAGCCGUGGGAUACUUCAGAAUGUGGCGUGGACGUGGUCAUGAGCCACCUAGAAGCAGCACGCAGCAUUGCACACCACGGAGGCCUGUACCGCACCAACGCCGAGAGCAAGCUACACGACUUUCAGGAGAGAAAGGAAGUGUCAGAGAUCUUCUGCACGGAGUUCCAGAUGAGGCUGCUCUGGGGAAGCCGAGGUUCCGAGGGGAGUCAGAGCGAACGCUACGAGAAGUUCGACAAAGUCCUCACGGCUCUUUCGCACAAGCUGGAGCCUCCUGUACGCCACAGCGAGCUAUAGCAGCACCCGCCACCCCCGUCUGACACAUUGGUACUGUCCGUCACCUCACUGUCUUUCCCACUUCUGGGAGAGACCAUUAUAAAGACAGAGGAAAGUGAGAGAGAAAACAGAAAAGGAGCAUAUCGAAUCCAAUCUACGAAUAAGGUACAAAAGGGGGCGGGGUUUGUCCAGACGGGAUGGCGCCGUGUACCGUACGGAACGCGGAACUACGGCAGGGGCGGAGUUUAAAAAUCCUGACACCCAAAUCUCUUUUGUGACUCGGGACAUGAUGGAUUGAGAAACAUCUUUUUUGAGAUCUCAGUAUGCAUGAUCAUCACGCCGUCGUCCCGGACACUCAGAGACACGUCACACUCGCUCACGCAUCUAACGUCUUAAUGUAAUGUUGCCAAAACUCAACAACCACUUUCUUUACAAAAAUCUCCUUUUUAUACAUUUUAUUAUUAUUAUUAUUAUUAUUAUUAUGUGUUUAUUUUUAUUUCUGCGUACAAGGAGCAAUAUGUGGCAACCGACACACACUCAGUACACAAUGCUGUGGAGAUGGUGGAGAGCCCAGCCUUUGGGAGAGUGUGUAGGGUUGAGGAGCUCACCCUGGUUCCUGAU